UUUUGCUCUACAGAUCAUUUCCCAGUUGAUGGUGUUUAUGAUCAGCUUCGUCAGCACGGUGUUCUGUGGUCAUCUGGGCAAAACAGAACUAGCUGGGGUAGCUUUAUCAAUUGCGGUGGUUAACGUCACCGGUAUUUCCAUUGGCACUGGUUUGUCGUUAACUUGUGAUACCCUCAUAUCUCAGACGUAUGGGAGCGGUAACCUGAAGCGUGUGGGGGUGAUUCUCCAGAGGGGGAUUCUGAUUUUGCUGCUGGCCUGUUUCCCCUGCUGGGCCAUCCUCAUCAACACUGAACCUCUUCUCCUCGCUGUCAAACAGAGCCCAGAGGUGGCCAG